AUGGCCUCUUAUAUAUUUGUCAAAAUGCUUCUGCCAAUCUUCCAAUUUGCAUUGUUGCUUAACCUCGCCUUGGCAGCGAGGAGGCUCACUCAGUCAACCCAAGAUCAGCAAACCCAACUUUUCCAAUACCACAAUGGUCCUCUUCUCACCGGUCAAAUCUCCAUCAAUGUCAUAUGGUACGGCAAUUUCAAGCCUUCCCAGAGAGCCAUUAUCUCCGAUUUCAUCGCCUCAUUGUCAUCUACGUCGUCUCAGAGCCAACCCUCCGUCGCCGAGUGGUGGAAAGCCACCGAGAAAUACUAUAGCCUGAUCAACUCCAAGAACCCAUCUUCAGUCCAGCUCUCCAUGGGGAAUCAAGUCCUUGAUGAAAAUUACUCUCUGGGCAAAUCACUCACCAAUCAACAAAUCGAACGGUUGGCAGCCAUAGGUGAUCAGGGCAACGCCAUCAAUGUGGUAUUGACUUCAUCUGACGUGGUAGUUGAUGGGUUUUGUUCGAGUAGGUGUGGAUCCCACGGGUCUCUUUCUUCCAAAACUGCCAUUGUUGAGGGCAAGAAUCACAAGUUUGCCUACAUCUGGGUUGGUAACUCGGAGACUCAGUGUCCUGGUUUCUGUGCCUGGCCAUUCCACCAACCCCUGUACGGACCACAGAGCCCACCCUUGGUUGCACCCAACGGUGACAUAGGUUCCGCCGGAAUGGUNAAAAAAAAAAAAUUUGUUGAUGGGUUUUGUUCGAGUAGGUGUGGAUCCCACGGAUCUCUUUCUUCCAAAACUGCCAUUGUUGAGGGCAAGAAUCACAAGUUUGCCUACAUCUGGGUUGGUAACUCGGAGAUUCAGUGUCCUGGUUUCUGUGCCUGGCCAUUCCACCAACCCCUGUACGGACCACAGAGCCCACCCUUGGUUGCACCCAACGGUGACAUAGGUUCCGCCGGAAUGGUGAUAACUUUGGCUAGCCUUUUGGCUGGGGCGGUCACAAACCCAUUUAGAAAUGGCUACUAUCAGGGACCGGCUGGUGCGCCACUAGAGGCUGCCUCGGCUUGUCCUGGGAUUUAUGGUAAGGGAGCCUACCCAGGCUAUGCUGGGGACUUGUUGGUCGACCCUACAUCUGGUGCCAGCUACAAUGCGCAUGGUGCUAAUGGGAGGAAAUACUUGCUUCCUGCUUUGUUUGAUCCUUCCACCCAAUCAUGUUCCACUUUGAUUUGAUUUUGUUGUAGUUAUUACUAGCUAGUAGUUCUCAAGAAUUUUUAGAGCGAGACAAUUAGAACAAUGUAUACGAUUACACAAAGAAUUUAAUUCAUUCUUUUUUUCUAAUUCAAUGUUCUUGUACCUUUUAUUAUCU